UCAUGUUAGUUGUCUUUUGAGAGACUAUGAUAAAUUUAAAAUAAUAGAUAAAAGUACUAUUAUAUGUUGUGGUAAUGAUGACAUAACCUCAAAUACCAAUAUAGAUUUAGACUCCGAAUGUGAUAUGGGUUUGCUAAAACUGCUUCUCAAAAAAGUAAUACAAAACAAGAAUAAACUAGCUUUAGAAAAUGAAAAUCUCAGAAGAAUGAUACUAAAAAAUAAUAAUAAUCCUUCCAAUGAUCUAACUAGUCAUGUCACCAAUGAAGUUUCUGUUACUAAAAGUGACUCAAUUAUCAAUUUGCUCAAAGACAAAAUUAAUGAUAAAGAUCAACUAAUAGAAGAAAUUACAGAUAAAAAUAAUGUCUUAAAACAAAACAUAAUUUUGCAAAAUGGAAACCUAACUUUGAUUAAAGAGAAACUAGUUAAUUUAGAAAAACAAAAAAAUCAAAUUGAGAUGAAAUCAUUUGCACAAGCUACGAAAGUAACCUAUAACAAAUUUGAAAAUACCGAGAUUGUACCAGCUAUUAUCGUCCAGUGUAACAAAAAAGAACAAAUAAACAAUGUGCACAAUAAAACUAAACAGUUAUUAACAACAAACAAAAAUAUCCAAUAUAAUAAAAUAACAAGAACUAAAGAUAAAAUUAUCAUCAAAUGUAAUAGAUCUAUGGAUAUUACUGAAACUAAAGAACUACUAGGGUCAAUUUCUAAUGAUGAAAUUUCUGUCGAGGUUGAAAAAAAGAAUAACCCAAGAAUCAAAGUGAUAAAUAUUGAUUAUGAUUUGGGAAAUGAAAACAUAGAAAAUAUAAAGGAAGAUAUCUUAAUACGUAAUGAUCUGAAAGAUGAAGCUGAUAAAUUUGACAUUGUGUAUAAAUACUUAAAUGAAGACAAUAAAAUAUGGACUAUUAUAGUUGAAAUGUCCUGUGUUUGAUGAUUUCAACUUAAACAUAUGUUACAAGUGUUCAAAGUAUGGUCAUAGUAGUAAGAAAUGUAGAAAUA